AUGGCAUGGUGGAGGCUUCUCACAUUCGCUGUAUUUGUGGCCCUCCCAGUGUUACUGUCUUGGCUUCCUCGUUCCAGCGCCUGGCAAGAGUUUCAGGUGCGUGCCGUACCAAAAAGCGAAAGUUUCUCCAAAGAGCCGCUGGCACAGCUGAUUGCCUCCGCCACCUCUUCUUUGGCAUCAGGAGGACGCUGUCCCAAGCCCACCCGCGUUGUUGUGACACUCUCAACUUUCGAGGGACGCCUGGGAAGGCUGAAAGGGACGGUAGCAUCGCUGUCAGCUCAGAGCUGCAUGCCUGAUGCAAUUUACAUCUUCCUGAGCCGAAAGCCUCGGACAAAACGCACCGGCGCAGGCUUCGGUGGCCACGGUGAUGGUGUGGACACGGCCGAAGCGUUGGAGUCUCUCCGCGAUUUGAGCGACCGCGUGGUCGUCCGUUUUACUGACGAGGACUGGGGUCCCGGGACGAAGCUCCUGGCGGCGCUGAAGGUCGAGGACGACCCAAACACCUGGCUCAUCACCGUCGACGACGACACGACUUAUCACAAGGACACUGUCUUGGCUUUGGUCUUAGCUGCAAGUGCGCUGCCGAGCCACGCUGCUCCAGGUUUCUGGUGCGAGGAGGCACGAGCCAGCGGUGUCGCUUCCGAUCAAAUCCAAUGGCAGACUCUUGAAAUCAUGUCGGAUGCCACGGAGGGCACUGUGCACGGGUGGUGUGGUGGCUUUGCAGGGGUGCUGUUCAAGCGCUGGUUCUUUGACGAGACCGUCUUCAACUUUACAGAUGCCCCGGAUGGCUGUGCUGUGCAUGACGAUGUGUGGUUUGGCGGCCAUCUCCUGAGUAAGGGCAACACUCCAUAUCUGAUCAAUGCCGGCUUCUUUUCUGCCCAAGAUGGCCCUUCGACGCCGGAGGAUCGGCAAGAUUUUAGCAUCAAUGUGAUAAAUCGACAGCUCAAAGCCAGUGGCAAAGAUCCCCAAGAGCAGUGCGCUGCAUGGUUCUCGGCUUUCCGCGGACAGCAGUUCUCGAAGCCCUCUGCGUUCACGCAUCCGAGCGUGCGAGCUCCCUAUGGAGAAGAUUUGUGGGUUCUGAAGAAUUUUUUCCAGUUGGAUGCUCGUGGACCACGUUCUGGAAAGUUCCUGGAGCUGGGAGCUUCAGACGGUUUGACAGACACCAGAACAUAUUUCUUAGAGAAGGAGCUCGGCUGGCACGGCAUCCUGACCGAGUCUUCUGAAGCUCUAUUCGCCGCGCUGGCGGCCAACCGCCCAAAGAGUGUGAGCUUGCAAGGCGUUCUUUGCGGCCAGAAUGCAGCGGCGGCAGACCCUCCGUGCCGCUCUCUGCAGCAGCUGCUUCAGGAGGGAGGCCUGCAGCGGGUGAACUACCUCGUGGCAAAUCUCAAGGGAUCCGAGCUCGAGGUGCUCGCGCAGCUUCCUCUCAAAGACGUGGACGUCGACCUGGUGCAAGUUGGAACUCACCAAUCAAGGUGCAAGUUCGCAGUAGAUCUUCGCCGAAACUUGGUCUCGUGGAGAUCGUGGCGCUGGUCCUGUGCAGAGAAGGACCACACGCGGCAGCUCAUCGAGUCCAUGGAGCGCAAUGGUUUUGUUGUCGCUGGUCUGCUGCUGGUGGACGUCGGAACAGACUUGUACAGGUCCUGGCUUCCAUUCCGGUGGGUCGAGAACAUCAAGGCGGAGGUCUUCUUUCACCCUUCCGGUUAG